ACCCACAGAAGGAGCGAGUGAAGGAAAAGCCGUCUCAGUGGAGCGUGUGACCUGUAAUCUGCUGCUGUGUGUUUAUGACUACAGAGCUGCACAGAGCUGCACUCUCCUACACACUAAGCUGUGUGUCUGGGUUCAAGACCUGACAGCUGGAGCUCACAUUACAGCAGCUGCUGUGGGCCAUGAGUCUGUCUCUCCUCCUGCUGCUCGCCGUCCUCGUGGAUGUGACCGAUACUAAAGCUGGUUCAGAUUUUAGGAUCUGUGCCUUCAACACACAACACUUUGGUGAAUCCAAGUCGAAGAAGAGUGACGUUAUGGGGACUCUUGCCAGGAUCAUCACACGCUGUGAUGUGUGUUUGCUCCAGGAAGUGAGAGACAGUAGAGGAAAAGCUUUACCACUGCUGCUCGACUCCCUAAAACGGUUUGACACCAAGUAUAAAUAUGAGACUGUGGCCAGCGAGAGACUGGGCAGGUCUGAGACAUACCAGGAGCAGUACGUGUUUGUGUACAGGAAGGAGACGGUGAGGGUCACGGACCAGUAUCAGUACCCUGAUAAUAAACCAGGAGAUGUCGACGCUUUCUCCAGAGAGCCGUUUGCUGUCCGCUUCAGAGCGGACCGCACAGCUAUAAAGGAGUUUGUUCUCAUACCUCAGCACACCACGCCCUUCAACACCACCAAGGAGCUCGAUGCCCUCUAUGAUGUUCUACAGCAUGUGAGAAACAUGUGGAAAACUGAGAAUGUGAUGCUUCUUGGAGACUUUAAUGCGGGCUGUGGCUACCUCGCUAAGAAGAACAGGAAGAAUGUGCGCCUAAUCACAGACACGAAUCUUAUUUGGCUCAUCCCAGACGACGCUGACACCACCGUGCGAUCGACCACAUCCUGCCCCUACGACAGGAUUGUUGUGAAUGGGGAAACCUUUCACAGAGCCAUCGUGCCUGCUUCAGCCAAACCGUUUAACUUUCAAGAGCAAUACGGACUGACGGAGGAGCAGGCGCUGGAUGUCAGCGACCAUUACCCGGUGGAGGUCCUGCUAAAGGUCAAGGAUUCCAGAGCCUUUCUUGGGGGCUCAUCUAUUACCAGUGGAAACCAGUUUAUGACUUUGUUUGUCCUAAGCCAUGUUGCCUUUCAAAUAUUGACAAGCCUUUAGUGCGACAGGACAGAAAGACGAGGAGUAAGACAUGCUGCUCACGGCUGCAGGCUCGAUUCAAACACAGGCCUAAAGGCCGUAAACUUUAGUGUGCUCCCAGGAUGAGCAGGGGAGUUUCUAAAUACGAUCGAGGACACGCUAACCUCCUUUCCUUUCUUGUUUCUGAUUGGACAGCCAAAUUGGACUUUUCUGCUCCUGCACACACUAUUAAACUAUCAUUGAUUCCCA